AUGAAGACUGCAGUUGCAUUAGGUCUACUGCCCUUCUUAAUGAGCCUCACUUCUCAGCUUGCAGUACUUAAUCUGCAACGCUCUUAUGAGAGUCAGGAUUCACUAGAACUAUUAAGCGGUGGAGUGGAAGCUGUGUUGGCCGUGGUGUCGGAACCUCACUGUUCUGUCAUGUUCUUCACGGACGGCGCCUCAACCCUAAGCACUGUGGCUAAGAAUAGUCUUCAGCAGUAUCAUUUAUGGACAUAUCUGUGUAAAUCAGUGUUCGAGGUGUCAGAAAUCAGCGAGGACUUUAACGUGACGCAGACGCUGCUCUACCACGUGGUCAGUGAGGCUCAGCGGCUGCGGCAGGUGUCGUGGUGCGUGACGCUGGUGGUUGUGAGCGACAACCACGGUUUCCUCUCUGCUUUCGUUAAGUUGUCCCUCAGUGGCCGUUUGGUGGUUCCUGCAACAAAGCUCCUCGUUGUCACAGACUUUUCCAAGGUAAAUGAUCCAGACCUUAGCAAAAUGUACUCCAGGACGAACUCUAUGGUGCUCGUCAAAGAAGAUUCACGGAGAGGCAAUCGGUGUGGUGUGUACACACAACUGCCCUAUAGCCCCCAGGGAUCAAAGGCUGUGAAGCUGGCCUCCUGGACGCCUCACGAAGGACUAGUUUUAACGUCUCAUACCCCGCUCUUUCCUGACAAGUUUUCAAAGUGA